UUUUCUUCAGUGACUACUGGGAGAAAGUGGCUGGAUACAUGGCAUUCUAUGCUGUUAUACUUUUUACAUUCUUUGCACUUCUGUUACCUUGGGCUGUACUCAUGCUGGGUGGCAACAACCCAUUUCUAUGGCUGUGGAAUUAUUUGGACAAUGUACAUAUAAGGAUGCCAUUAAUUCGCUACUGGUUUUGUAUCGUUCUUGUUGCUAUUGGCUUCGUUGCAUGGCAAAGCCGAAAGCCGACUUCUUCAGCCUCGUCCACUAUAACUCGGAAAUUUUUCCAUCUGCUAGCGCUCGCUGUCUAUAUACCCGGGGUAAUUUAUGAGCCAUACUUGAUGCACUUAGCUUCCUCCGUUGCUGUAGCGGCUUUCGUGUUUAUUGAGUACAUUCGAUUGUACAGAAUAGGACCUUUUGGUGAACCAAUUCACUCGGCUCUGCAGGUGUUCUUAGAUGAGAAGGAUUCUGGUCCCCUUAUUUUGACCCACGUUUAUUUGUUACUGGGUUUUGCGGUGCCGUUGUGGAUAUAUCCUGUGGAUUACAUGAAGCCUGAUGCCACUGGUUGUAAGCUUGCACUGUAUUCUGGGAUACUUUCUCUCGGCAUCGGGGACACAAUGGCCUCAGUCGUAGGAAAGAAAAUUGGGCGUUACCGCUGGCCAGGUUAGUCUCCAUGGCAAUAAAAAUUCCUUUAAAAAGACGUGUACGUUUGUAACUUCUUUGGUGAACACGCGGGAAGUUAUUUUUUUCUUAUGGUAAUGUUAGUCUGUUGUUUGUUGGUUGGUUUCUUGUUUGUUUGUUUGUUUGUUUGUGCGUUCUACCGCUUUUCGUACGCUGAAAUCUAGGAGUUUGCUUUUCUCCCCUAAAUAAUAAUA